UCUGGGAAGCUAACAAUGGCGCUCCAAGUUCAAGCAGUUCCACCGAGUUGCUCACUCUCUUCUUCCGCGUUAUCUCGUUCUUCUUCUUCUUCUUCUCUUCAUUUUCUCGUUUCUCAAUCUCAUUCUAAAGGCCACGCUACUAUCAAGUUCCGAAUUUGCUGUUCCAAUCAGACUGCUCAAGUUGACACUCUACCAGUUAAGGUACCUUUGGAAGCAUCAAACAACACAGAGAACAAGAUUAAGAAGAAGAAGAAGAAGAAGAGUAACCCGAGACCAAGCUUCUUUGAUCAAAUUCGUGAUAAAUGGUCUCACAAAUUGGGUUCCCAGAGAGAAAGGCUCCCCUGGCAAGAACAACAAUCAGAAGAAGAAGAAGAAGAAGAAGAAGAUGAUGAUGAUAAUGAUGAUGAAGGUGAAGAGGAAGAGUGUGAUCAGAAGAAUUCAGCGAGUUACUCAUUGGAUUUUCAAUUCCCAAAGCGUUUAUCUCCUUGGGCUCAAGCAACUAACCGCAAAAGUUCACGUUUUGAGUCUGAUGCUAAGGAAAAUGGCGGCAUUGAUGGUUCUGUUUUCAAAAGAGAGGAAAUUUCUGUGGAUAAUGGUGAGGUUAGAAGAGGGGUAGAAGAAAAAACGUUUCUUUUGAAUAAUUCUGUAAUGGGAAGUGUGAAUGUAGUGGAUACAAGUGAAGGAGAGAGGAAAAGGAGAAGUAACACAGCGUUGGCGGAGAGACUGAUACCGGAGCAUGAACUGCGGAGGCUAAGAAAUGUAGCAUUGAGGAUGGUUGAGAGGUUCGAGGUUGGAGUUUCCGGCAUCAAUGGGGAGUUAGUGGAUUCCAUUCAUGCAAAGUGGAGGGAUAGUGAAGUGGUCAAGUUGAAAUUUGAAGGUCCUCUUGCUGCUAACAUGAAAAGAGCUCAUCACACUCUUGAGAGUAAAACUGGAGGUUUAGUGGUAUGGCGGUCUGGCAGUUCGAUAGUGUUGUAUAGAGGAAUGACUUACAAGCUUCCUUGUGUUGAAUUUUAUACAAAAGCAAAUCAUGUUAAGGAGAAUAGCGCGCAAGUUGGAAGUGGAGGUGAUGGUCAAGUUAGUGAAAAAGAACAAAUUGGAGAAACAGACUCAUUAACCCGAGUCUCUUCAAAAUAUUUGAAGCAUAUGACUGAAGAGGAAUUGAUGGAACUGACUGAACUCAACCAAAUCUUAGAUGAAUUGGGUCCGCGCUAUAAAGAUUGGCCUGGCCGCGAGCCAUUACCUGUCGAUGCAGACUUGUUACCUGCCCUGGUUCCAGGAUAUAAAACACCAUUUAGAUUACUUCCUUAUCGGCUAAAACGUUCUUUAAGCAAUGAGGAAAUGACUCACUUCCGUAGGCUUGCAAGAAUAACGGCUCCACACUUUGCCCUUGGUAGAAACAGAGAACUGCAAGGUCUGGCCAAUGCUAUGGCAAAGCUUUGGGAAAAAUGUGCUAUUGCGAAGAUAGCCAUCAAACGAGGUGUCCCCCAUACACGUAAUGAGAGGAUGGCUGAAGAACUCAGGAGAUUGACCGGCGGAACUCUACUCUCUAGAAAUAAGGAAUAUAUUGUAUUUUACAGGGGCAAUGACUUCUUGCCUCCUGCAAUGACUCAUGUACUGACUGAGAGAGAGAAACUGUCCAUACUCCAGCAAGAGGAGGAAGAGAAGGCACGACAAAGUGCUUUGCCUAUUAAUGGAUUAAAAAGCAAAGCAUCUCAAGUGCCAUUAGUAGCUGGAACCCUUGCUGAGACUAGGGCAGCAAGCACUAACUGGGGACACGAACCGACCAGGGAAGAAGUUCAGAAUAUGAUGAGAGAUUCUGCCUUGCGUAAACUUGAAUCUUUUAUCAGAAACCUUGAGAAGAAACUAGCUCUGGCUAAAGCAAGAGUCAGGAAGGCUGAGAGAGCUCUAGCAAAAGUGCAGGCUGAUCUUGAUCCAGCAGAUCUUCCAACUGAUAUUGAAACACUAAAAGAUGAAGAGAGAUUUUUAUUUCGGAAGAUUGGUCUGAGUAUGAAGCCAUACUUAGUUCUAGGGAGGCGAGAUGUUUUCGCUGGCACCAUAGAAAACAUGCAUCUACACUGGAAGUAUCGCGAGUUGGUAAAGAUAAUUGUAAAGGGCAGGAAUCUUGCCCAAGUUAAGCAUAUUGCGAUAUCUUUGGAAGCUGAGAGUGGUGGGGUGCUAGUGUCUGUAGAAAAGGACACCAAAGGCUACAUAAUCAUCGUUUAUCGUGGGAAGAACUAUUUGCGUCCACAAGCUCUGAGGCCCAAGACUUUAUUAUCUCGAAGGCAGGCAUUGGCUAGAUCUAUCGAGCUCCAAAGACGAGAGGCACUAAAACAUCACAUCUUCGACUUGACGGAGAGAAUUGGUUUGCUGAAAUCUGAACUGGAGGACAUGAAAAAUGGAAAGAAGAUUGAUGUCGACAAAAAUCUAUACUCUCCAAUGGAUAACCAUGUUUUAUCUGAUGAUGACUUGGAAGAGAAUGAACAGUCACAGACUAAUUUUGAUGAAGACGACAGUGGUGAAGAGGAUGAGAAAAAUCAAAACAAGCAACUUGACCUUGUAUAGAAAUGCAUUGGAAUGUUUGAUUGAUAGGAAGAAUAAUUCAAUGCUUAAGCCUCUGAUCAAUGAAGAAUGAAGGUGACAGCUCAAGCACUUGAGCCAUGCCUGAGACACAUCCCACAAUGUUAUGCUGUAAAUUGCUUUUUUAUUCUGUGUAUUGUAAUUCUCUUGUAGCCUCAGCUAGCCUAGCAAUAUAUCAAAAAUUGAGGUGGAAGGAAAAAUGAAGGGAAAAGGAGUACCCCCUAACAUCAUUGUAUUUUUUUUUAUAUUAGUUCAAUUGUCAGGAUUUCAAAUCCUUGU